AAUCUAUGCAGAGACCCUUCAGCCGUAGUAGGUGGUGAAUUGAUAUUGGGUGGUAUUGAUCACAGUCAUUACGAAGGUAACCUCACAUACGUCCCUGUUACUCGCAAAGGAUACUGGCAAUUUGAUCUGGAUUAUGUCACAGUAGCGGGUAAUAAAUUGUCCCCGAAUAGCCAAGCUAUCGCUGACACGGGUACCUCACUAAUAGUUGGACCAUCAGCAGAUAUCGACUUUAUUAACCAAAAAAUUGGAGCUGAUAGUAAUGGAAUCGUGAAUUGUAGUACGAUUGAUCAGUUGCCUACAAUCGGUUUUGUUCUGAAUGGUAAAACGUUUAAUCUUACCCCUCACGAUUGUAUCAUUCAAGUAAGUAUUAUGGAUUGUAAUUCGGUUUAAAUUAUUUAAAGCCCACUUUACACGAUCUAUAAUUU